AUGAAAGGAAUCAAAAGCAGGUUCCAUGGAAAAUUGGGACUUGUUCCAACCAUUAGCAACUUGAAACAAGGUCUAGUCCUUCAGCUCAACCCCCAAGAUGCAUGCUGCACCCAGAAAUGUUCCAAUCCACUAAUCUAUGAUGAUCAAGAUCACAAGGGCAACAACCUGCCUGAGCUAGAGAUUGGCCUAAAUGAAAGUGAAGAUGAUAAGCAUCCUGAGGAAAAGACAAAGGAAUUUCAAGUCAGACCCGCCAUAGGGUCCAAAGAGAAAGAGCUUGUUGAGAAAAACUUAGUUGCUUCUAGUCCUAGCAAAAGUAUGCAACAAAUUGCAGGCAGCGAAGAGUACCCAUCUCUUACAGAUUUUAAAGAGAUAUAUCCACCAGGUGGAAGCCAAGGAGUGAUUCUCUACACCACAAGCAUUAGAGGCAUAAGAAAAACCUUUCAAGACUGCAACACUACACGCUUUUUGCUGAGAGGCUUCAAGAUGACAUACCAAGAGAGGGAUGUUUCUGUACACUUGGAGUACAGAGAGGAAUUGUGGAAGAUAUUGGGUGGCAAAGUGAUCCCUCCAAGGCUUUUCAUCAAGGGAAGGUACAUUGGAGGAGCUGAAGAAGUGAUAGGAUUGCAUGAGAAGGGUUGGCUUGGAAAACUUUUGGAAGGAACACCAAAAGAUUUUGCCAAUGGUCCUUGCAAAGGUUGUGCCUGCACGAGGUUUGUUAUUUGCUACAAUUGUAAUGGAAGCUGCAAAAUGUUCACCAUCAAUGGUGACAACAAAAAGGAACGUUUCUUCAGGUGUCUUGAAUGCAACGAGAAUGGCCUUGUCAAAUGCCCCAUUUGCUGCUAG